UGAUGUAUUUCUGUCAUGAGUUCUUGUUGUCUUCAUUCUCUGACAGAAAGCAUUGAGAGAAGAAGAGACAGAGAAGAGCAGAGGAGAGAACAAUGUUUGACUUCACAUCACUUCUCUUCCCUCUGAUUCUGACAUGGAUGCUCACAUUUACAGAUGUUCAAACAAUCAGACACAAGACUGUCAGAGUUGGAGAUGAAGUCACUUUGGAAUGUGAAAAUGCAAAUGAUUUCAGUGAUGGAUGUUCCAGGAUCACCUGGAUCUACAGUCAGUCAACUAAAUCAUCAUCUACCCUCUUUGAAAAAGGGACGAUUCUCAAAGGUGUUGGAUCUAAAUCAGACAGACUGAGUCUUACAGAGAAAUGUUCUCUGGUUAUAAAGAAGAUCACAGAUGAAGAUGAUGGAAUUUAUUACUGCAGACAGUUCAGCACAUCAGGACAAAAGGAGACAGAUUUUGAUCUUGAACUGACUGUUAUAAAUACAAACGACGUGACAUCAACACCUAAACCAACAUUCAAACCCUCUAUUAAAAGAAGAGUCUUUGAGUCAACAACCUCAUUGAAGUCGUCAUCUUCAUCAGUUAAUUCCAGAUCAACCACAGCAUCAGCUCCACCAACAUCAGAUACGCACACUGCAGCCACAAACCUCCACUUUAAAACAGGUAAUAAAAUAACGACAAUUAUUAUUACAAGCAAUGAUGAACUGAUGACUUGAUUUACAUUCCUAGAAUCUGUCUGAACCAAGCUGCUGAUCAAA